UCCGGACCGGCUGCCGGACUGCCCAGGGGUCUGCUGUGAGCAGCCUGAAGCCCUGAAUGGAGAGUCUGAGCAGCAGUUCCUGCAUUUGCAUUUGAUGCAGACUUCAAGCAGCAGACUUCAGUCGACGGACCACAGCACCGCGGAUGCGUUGGAACUUGACAAAAACUUUGAAGCUUGAAGAUUAAAAUACUAAAAUUAAACGCUCUGCUAAAUCGCUGCUCUUUUAUGUUUAAUGUUCUAGUUAUAGACGUGGUUUGGGUUUGAUUUAAGUUAUAUUUUUUCAUUGAAACGACCACGGUUUUGAGAAGUGUAGGCGGAACUACUUUUGUUGGCGAAGUAGCACAAAAAAUCCAGCGCGCGACACACACCGACUACCGGUGCACAGUCCGCCGUUUAGCUCCGAGUUAGGGCGACAAAACUGAGGAGUUUGACCCUGAGAUGCUCCUGCGUAGCUUUAAAUAAACAACAUUAAUCGGUGUCUAACUAAAUAACGCUCUCAUCCUCGCUGCCAGGACCGUUUAAAGGCGGCUGUUUUUUUCUAUUUCGUCCAAAAGAAGAGAACACACAGAGGACUUUUCGACGCUCCCGGACGGACUUGACCGAACUCAAAAAAAAAAAAGAUGUCAAUUUUGCCUUUCACUCCCCCCAUUGUCAAGAGACUUUUGGGCUGGAAGAAAGGCGAGCAGAACGGGCAGGAGGAGAAGUGGUGCGAGAAGGCGGUAAAAAGUCUGGUGAAGAAGCUGAAGAAGACGGGACAGCUGGACGAACUGGAGAAAGCCAUCACCACCCAGAAUGCCAACACGAAAUGCAUCACCAUACCGAGAUCUUUGGACGGCCGGCUGCAGGUGUCCCAUAGGAAAGGUCUUCCCCAUGUUAUCUACUGCCGGCUGUGGCGCUGGCCUGACCUGCAGUCUCACCACGAGCUGCGUGCGGUGGAGCUGUGCGAGUACGCCUUCCAUACAAAGAAAGAUGAAGUGUGCGUCAACCCAUACCACUACCAAAGGGUGGAGACGCCAGUCCUCCCACCAGUACUGGUGCCCAGACACACAGAAAUCCCCAGUGAGUUCCCACCCCUGGACGACUACAGCCAUUCAAUCCCUGAAAACACCAAUUUCCCUGCUGGCAUCGAGCCUCAGAGCAACUACAUACCAGAAACGCCACCACCAGGUUACCUCAGUGAGGAUGGAGAGACUAACGAUCACCAGAUGACCCACAGUAUGGACACAAGCUCCCCAAACCUUUCACCAAACCCUGUUUCACCCACGCACAGUAACCUGGACCUCCAGCCAGUCACAUAUUGUGAGCCGGCCUUCUGGUGCUCUAUUUCAUACUACGAGCUGAACCAGCGAGUAGGAGAGACCUUCCACGCCUCGCAGCCUUCACUGACAGUGGAUGGCUUCACAGACCCCUCCAACUCCGAGCGUUUCUGCCUUGGCUUGUUGUCCAACGUCAACCGCAACGCAGCUGUGGAGUUAACACGCAGGCACAUCGGGCGUGGCGUGCGGCUGUACUACAUCGGAGGAGAGGUGUUUGCAGAGUGUCUCAGUGACAGUGCUAUCUUUGUCCAGAGCCCCAACUGUAAUCAGCGUUAUGGUUGGCACCCUGCCACAGUCUGCAAGAUCCCUCCAGGAUGCAACCUGAAGAUUUUCAACAACCAGGAGUUUGCUGCCCUGCUGGCUCAGUCAGUCAACCAGGGCUUCGAGGCCGUCUAUCAGCUUACCAGGAUGUGCACCAUCCGCAUGAGCUUCGUCAAGGGCUGGGGAGCUGAAUACAGGCGACAGACGGUGACCAGCACCCCCUGCUGGAUCGAGCUGCACCUGAAYGGCCCGCUGCAGUGGCUGGACAAGGUGCUGACUCAGAUGGGCUCCCCAAACAUCCGGUGCUCCAGCGUCUCUUAGAGACGCGCUUCGUCCUCUCAUUCCCCGCGCACCUCGUGUCCUGGUCAGAKACUGGACGAGAACAACGACACACGAACUGAAAGAUGAUGAGACCCCGCCCUUUUAUUCAGCUACUCGUCGCCCCCCCCCCCACCUGUUGUCAGGAGCACUUUUUAUACACAUUUUGUUUGUGGCAGAAGGGGACAAGUGCAUUAAUGUCGUACCAUGUUAGUAGGAAUGUUUUUCCAACUUCUUUUCGUUUAUCAUUGGUAAUAAAAGACCAGACAGAAUAUAGAUAAUGGAUCUUUCAAGUCAACAUUUUCUUUCUUUCAAUUAAAUUUAUUUUUUCCAAUUUUUUUGUUUAUAUUUUAAGGAAUUAAUGAAUUAAUCCCAAAUUUUGGGGUAAAUACAUUUCAGUGCUGUUUAUAUUUGGGCAUUUGAUAAGUUAUGAAGAUUUUUACAAAUGUAAAACAGUGAGAUGGACUGAAAGUGGUUUAUAUAAGGAAAACUUGUUUAUCACUUGAAAUUUUUUUUUAAAAAUUAUAAAGAAAAAAACUCCAAACAGAGCAAGGUCACUGACAUUUUAUGCAGCAUGUGUUUCUUGAAAAGAGGCWAAAAAAAUUUACAUUUCACAGCAUUUUUCAGCUUCGAAAUAGUGACGAAACAAAAACAAGUUAAAAUUGGGUUAAAACUUGUUUCUCCUGUUCAGACAGGUUGAGUAUUUAGAAUUGUAUGUUUGAAAUGUUGCGUUCAGAGGCUCCAGAGCGAGCACAGAGCAGCAGAAGUGUUUAAAAAACUUGACACAAGUACUUUGAGACAGUGAAGGUGAAGAUCACCACAACGAUGAUGCACUUGUGUUAAAAGUUGAUCAAACAGCACAGUGAUGUUGAAAAAGCACUUCAGUCGGUUGUUCUUUAGGUGCUUGUGCAAAAUAAAUAAUGUGCAUAAAUUUCAGGAAGCUUUGCCACAACUUCAGAGGAUUGUUGCACCAUUUUAUGUUGUAGAAAAUUCAAACAGGCCUUGAAAACAAAUCGGAUGCUUUAGUUUUCUUCGGACGUUGAAGCUCGACGAACUAAUGUGAAGAUGAUCUGUGAUGUGAACGGUUUGAAGUGGGGGAACAGGAAGUGUUUUGCUUCGUUAGCAUUCUGUUGCUGCAGUUUGGUCUUAAUUUUAGCCAUACUGACCUCUCACACGGGGUUAAAAACAACAGCUGGAAUAUUAAAAACAUAAACAACUGGUAGAUAAGAAUUAAUACUUCUAAGCCCAUUUUGUUACCAACUAUUUUGGAUGCUAAAGCGGUUGCUUCUUCAAGUUUUAAGUGCGUGACUCAACUGAAAGCCACUGCCGGCAGGUCUGAAAUGAAGGCAGGUUUUGUUGGGAGCACAGCUUUACUCAAAGGGAAUAAUAUAGAUAAAUAGACACGUGUAUAUAACCCCAGCUCUUAGAAUCGGUUGUGUUUAUUUUCAGGUUUAUGUGCAUAAAGUACAUAUGUUUUUCAUUGUGACCAUUUUAAAGUUGAAGGGUUUGGAAAUGAAAGAACAAAUAAAUCAAAUGGACAUAAUGCUGGCAAACGCUUUUCCUAAAAUAGAACAGCAGUCAUAGCGUUGGUCCCAUUUCCUUGGAACCACCCACUCAGGUGGAAGUGGAUCCGUUUCCUUCUGGUUCUAUAACACUAGACAAAGGCUCAGUAGGCGAGCACGAACAACAUGUUUAUUUACGUUGACCUCUUCGUGUUAAUGCCAGCCCAUUGAAGCUCGUCUGUAACAUUAUAGGGACUCAAGGGUAAAGCUCAGAAUAGUGAGAUAUUACCAAUAAUAAAUAUAAAUAAAGAAAAGUUGGAUUAUUAAGCUGAAGACGUAUGUGUGGAAUUGUUUCAGAACCUGUAGCAUCUACCAGUCUGAAACAAGCCGGCUCUCUUUAGAGCUUCUAGUGUCCUUGAACGCAGCAGUUCUGAUUCUGUUAGGAUCUCAAACUGCACGGUUAAUGUAACUAUACCCUAUAGGGAAUAUUUCAAAAGUAAAUUUAUCUCUUUUUUAAUACACUCUUCUGCAACUUAUAGUGCUUAUGUUUGUUUCUCCUUGUUCAUCCUUUUUAAAGCAUUAGCUGUGAUUUACGCUCCCCUUGCUCUGAAUUGUUUGGUUUUUUUUUUUAGAUUUCUUGUAUAAACCUAAACCUUUUAUUUGUUUUUCCCCCCUGCUUAUAUAAAGUGGAUGUGAUGCUUUGUAUUUUUGUCUUUUAUUGUUGAUUUACAAAUAAAAUGUAAAAUUUGUGCUGAAACUGAUGCGGAGAAGACUGUUAAUAAGAAAAUGAAUGCAGUAAUUAAAUCUGAUUUUAAGUA